CUGAAGUUUUCCGAUCUUGACGAACGGUCUGGCCCGAUGGGUGCGGGACAAGGCGAGAAUGUAAUAGAACCAGCGACUGAUGGCCGCUUGAAGCUUGGUUGCCGUGUCUGCCGUAGGCGUCGUGCGUUGUCUGAAUGUGAUUGGAGAGAGCUUAGAGCGGCCACUGAGGUCUUAGGUUGUGAUGUCCGAGCACCGAAAGGUUCAGUGCUAUGAAGAUUCUGAAUAUCAUAAUGGCCGUCACACGCUUAACAAAACCCUCAACAAUUCGAUUUGUGGGAGAGCUGCGGAUUGAU